AUUUCUUUAACAUUUAAAGGAUUCCUUGUCUCAUGCCUUCGCCAUGGCAAGUAGUAAUCUCAAGGAAAAGGCUCGCACUCACGGUGAAGCUGGAAUUGAAAGUCCUGCCUCCGAUGCACACCAUCAGCAUGUACAAGUUCCAGUCGAUCUAGUUGUGGAACGCCGACUUCUCUAUAAAUGCGAUAUCCACCUAAUUCCCAUUCUCUUCGGCCUCUAUCUCCUUGCUUUCAUGGACCGCAUCAACAUUGGCAAUGCAAAGAUCCAAGGCCUGCAAAAGGAAUUGCAUAUGAGCGGUACGCAGUAUAAUGUCGCGCUACUCACGUUCUUCCCAACGUAUGUCUUGCUUGAAAUACCGGCGAAUUUGAUGAUUAGGAAAACUAAGCCUAGUACCUGGCUGUCGGGGUUGAUGUUUGCUUGGGGUAGUAAUUUAACCUCCAAGCCUUGAAAGUAGAGAGCUAAUCCGAUCUGGUAGGUAUUGUUACUAUGUGUCAGGGCUUGGUGCAAAGUUAUGGAGCCCUCGUGGCGUGUCGAGUUAUUCUGGGAGCUUUGGAAGCCGGAAUUCUUCCUGGUUGUAUCUACCUAAUCAGCAUGUACUACAAGCGCGCUGAGCUUCAAAAACGCUAUACGACCUUCUUCAGCUCUGCUAUCCUUGCCGGCGCCUUCGCAGGCCUGCUCGCCUACGCCAUUGCUAAAAUGCACGGUCGAGCUGGCAAAUCCGGAUGGCGUUGGAUCUUCAUCAUCGAAGGCCUCGCAACAAUAGCGUACUCCAUACCCGCAAAAUUUCUAAUCCCAGACUGGCCUGAGCAAUGCCGCUUCCUCACCACCGAGGAGAAAACCCUCCUACAGACUCGCCUAGCUCUUGAUAAUGCCAGCGAAGAAGCCCGCAUGGAUUGCCUCGACCGCCGUGCCUGGAUCCUCAUCCUCCGUGACUGGAAGAUUUGGGUCUCGGCCGCAAACUACUUCGCACUUUCGGUAACUGGGUACUCGACACUCUUCUUCAUCCCCUACAUCCUCGUGCAAUUCGGAUGGGUGGCAGAAGAAGCCCAACUCCGCACUAUUCCCGUCUACGUAGUGUGUACCGCAACAACCUUAAUCGCGGCAUGGGCGUCGGAUCACCUGCGGCACCGGUACGGGUUUUUGAUGCUCGGGACACUUUUUAAUGCGAUUGCGUAUAUUAUCCUUCUUUGCCAAGGUCCGCCGGACCCGUUAGGGCUGAAGCGGGAGGUCAGGUAUAUGGCUAUUUUCUUCGCGCUCAUUGGGCAGUAUAUCUCUACGCCCAUGGUUGUUGUUUGGUUAUCUAAUAAUAUGUCUGGACAUUACAAAAGAGCGAUUGGAACAGCGAUACAAGUUGGCAUUGGAAAUGCAGGGGGUAUUGCAGGGAGCAAUAUUUACUUGCAAAGUGAGGCGCCGAUCUUUAAGACAGGGUAUGGCACAGCUCUUUCAAUGGUACUUGUGAGUGGGGUAAUGAGUACGGUUUUUUACGUGGGGUUGAUGUGGGAGAAUCGGAAGAGGGAAAGGGGGGAGAGGGACUGGAGGAUGGGAUUGGAGAAGAAGGUGAGGGAGAAUUUGGGAGAUGAGCAUCCGCGAUUUAGGUUUAUGGGUUGAAGAAAUGGAGGCAGGACUUCGCAAGAAAGAGUGACUCCAUGUCACUUUCCGCAUUUUCGUCUUUGUUGAUUUAAGCAGUGGGGUUCGGGUAUUCAUGACGUUGGAUAUGGGGAUUCACCUUUAGGACGGCAGAGUUCGCCCAGUCAGGAUUAUCAUCUCUGGCUAGCCCAGGAAAACCCCACCGCAUCGCCCCAAUCCCCUGACUCUCCAGAACCUUUAAAUCCUAAAGGCCUCCCUUAAUAUGCAUCCACCCCCAAAACCAAGCAAUGCCAUCAACCUCAAAAGGCAUGGUACGGAUACUCAUUUCCUACUCCCUCUUCCUCUCCAAAAUUCAACAACUCGCUCCCCUCCCAGCUCCUCCAAACACUCGCUAUCUCCCCCUGCUUUUCAAUCAUCUUCAACAAAUC